AUGCGAGAAGAGGAGCCUGAACUCGAUCGAGCUGAGGAUCGAGCGCUUGUCAAUGAGGAGUUAGGCGAGCCUGAUUGUUAUUAUUUUGAGGAGUAUGAAGCUACAAGGAUGAACCCUUCUGUUGUGGCUGCUCACAAAAGGAUUGGACUUCUCCAAAAGUUCAAUAAGUGGCAAGGGAAGGCUAUGAAGAAGAUGCAAAAGUCCAUGGAUAAGAUGGUGAGCAAGAUCAAUAGCUUGGAGAAGAAGGUCAUUGGUUCUUCAUCCAAGAAGAACAAAGCACUUCUCACCUCUCCAUUCCCUGGGAGUCGCUCUCUCCUAACCACACCAAGGAGGCUCCCAGCCCAAGACCCUCCCAGAGCCUCAUCAUUCGAGCCAAGAGAGGCAGGGGCCAACAAGCAGAAGAGGAGGAAGAGUUCACGAGUCCGACGCUCUGACUCGACUAGUGGACUCAAUCGAGUCCAAACAGAGGAAACCGAACUCGGUCGAGCUGAUGGUCGAGUUGACCCUGAGGAGCUGGAAUUCGAGAACUAUGGGUUUGAGUAUGAUCCAGCGCCUUACCAAGACUUCCAUCAGACCGGCUGGACUCCUUACAACCGCUUUGAGCGAACCAGGCUCCACCAAGGCCAAAGUAGCUCCACUGAGGAUGAAGAGGAGGAGCCGCAAGCUCGAUCGAGCUGCAUGGAUAUGGUUGAAUGGAGUGCUCCUAAUGGUCGGCUGCCCUCUCGGUCCAAUGACCCUGCUUCCCAGCUCUUUGGGAUGCACAAAGGGACUGUGUGA